UCUAAAGACAGCUUCUCUAAUGCUCUCACAAAAAACAUCCUGGCCAUGCUGGUGUGGCUGGCCCUCAGUGUCAUCAACGGCAGCAUGGUGCACACCUUCCUACGACACAGUCUCUUCUAUGAGAACCCGCGGUACAUCAUGUUCAUCUACAUGGUGAUCAACGAUGCUCUGCAGCUCAGCCUGGUGACGGCUCUCUAUGUGGUCAGCUACAUCUUCAGGAAGAUCCACGCCUCCGUCUGUUGCUUUCUGAUCAUGACGGCGGUGCUCACCACCCGCUCCACCCCUCUCAUCCUGGCCGGCAUGGCGGUGGAGCGAUACAUCUCCAUCUGCUUCCCCUUGCACUACAGCCAGAUGUGCACCGUCCCUCGCACCCUCCUCCUCAUCGGUGUCAUCCUCAUUCUCACGGCCGCCCCACCCAUCACAGACUUCCUCAUCACCGUCGUCCACAGGCCUCUGAGUUACUUCCACACCACCAUGUUCUGCGACCACCCGCUUCUCUUUCGCCACCGCUCCAUCUACUACAAGAACUGUGUGUUUGACGGGGUAUACCUGUCCUUCGUUGCUCUGACGCUGCUCUACACCUACUGCAGGAUCAUGCUGACGGCACGAGCCGCCUCGAUGGGCCUGGCCUCGGUAAAGAGAGCCAGGAAUACUGUGCUGCUUCAUGGGGUGCAGCUGCUGCUGUGCAUGCUUGCCUUCGUGGUUCCUUCCCUGCAGGCGGCUCUCAUCUCCCUCUUCCCUCGCUUUGGUCUGGAGAUUCGUUACAUCUUCUUCCUGGUCGUCUACAUCAUCCCGCGUUUCAUGAGCCCGAUCAUCUAUGGUUUUCGGGACGAGCAGUUCAGGAAGUACUGGACCCGGUACCUGGCCUGUCGGGGACAAAGAGUGGUCAGGGUCAGGCCGGUGUUACUGAAAGUGAAUCUGUAG